AUAAUAAUGUAUUUGUAUCGGAAAAUGAAAGUUGUGAUCAUUAUUGUGCAAGUUAUGGUCAAUACCUUCUUUAUUCAUUAGAAAGAAUUUUAGAAGAAUCUGCUAAAGAAAAUUUGAAGAAAAUUAUUGACAGAAUUCGUGAUCAAUCUAAUCGAUUAAUUCAUAUUCAACGUGAAGCAUUCAAUCAGUUUCUUAUACGACAACGAUCAACAGUCAGAUUGAAUUUAAUGAUUGAAUUUCUUCGUGUUACACAAUCAUUAGAAGGUCUUACACGAGAACAAUUACCUCAAUCAUGGUUAUGUGAUAAACAAGACAAAAACAUUCCGUUGAUUUAA